AUGCAUCUCAUGCGUGCCUGCAUCACAUUUUGUAUCGCUUCGACGGCUGUAGUCGCCGUAAACGCCGCCCUCGUUGCUGAAGACGCGCCCGUCCUCUCCAAGGCUUUCGUCGACCGCGUGAACCGCCUCAACCGCGGGAUUUGGAAGGCGAAGUACGAUGGCGUCAUGCAAAACAUAACAUUGCGCGAGGCGAAGCGGCUCAACGGUGUUAUUAAAAAGAAUAAUAACGCCAGCAUCCUUCCGAAGAGGCGAUUCACCGAGGAAGAGGCACGUGCCCCGCUUCCCAGCAGCUUCGAUUCCGCUGAAGCUUGGCCCAACUGCCCCACCAUCCCACAAAUUGCAGAUCAGUCCGCCUGUGGCUCCUGCUGGGCAGUCGCUGCGGCCUCAGCCAUGUCCGACCGAUUUUGUACGAUGGGGGGUGUGCAGGACGUCCAUAUCUCAGCAGGUGACUUGCUUGCGUGCUGCAGUGAUUGUGGCGAUGGCUGUAAUGGUGGCGAUCCGGAUAGGGCGUGGGCGUACUUUAGCUCAACAGGCCUCGUUUCGGACUACUGCCAACCCUACCCAUUUCCCCAUUGCUCACACCACAGCAAAAGCAAAAAUGGGUACCCUCCCUGUUCUCAGUUCAACUUUGACACGCCCAAGUGCAAUUACACGUGCGAUGACCCGACAAUCCCCGUUGUCAACUACCGUUCCUGGACGAGCUAUGCGCUUCAAGGAGAGGAUGACUACAUGCGUGAGUUGUUCUUCCGCGGUCCAUUUGAGGUGGCGUUUGAUGUCUACGAAGACUUCAUCGCCUACAACAGCGGCGUCUACCACCACGUUUCAGGACAAUAUCUCGGAGGACAUGCGGUGAGGCUCGUUGGGUGGGGCACAUCAAACGGAGUGCCGUACUGGAAGAUUGCCAACAGCUGGAACACCGAGUGGGGAAUGGACGGUUACUUUCUCAUCCGCCGCGGAAGUAGCGAAUGCGGCAUCGAGGAUGGCGGUUCUGCUGGCAUUCCUCUUGCACCCAACACGGCGUAG